UCACAACCUCAACCUCCAUCACCGCACCCGCAUCCACAUUCACAUCCACAGCCGCAGCCGCAUCCGGCCGUCACCGAUCCGUCCUCUCGUCAAGUCCACUCCAGCCGCAACUGCACACCCCCCACGAUGGUCCGAAAGCUCAAAUUCCACGAGCAAAAGCUGCUCAAGAAGGUCGACUUUCUGCAGUGGAAGUCCGAUCAGUCGCUGCAUGAAACCAAGGUGAUGCGCAAAUAUCACAUCCAGAAGCGAGAAGAUUAUAUCAAAUACAACAAAAUCUGUGGACAGAUCCGCAAACUGGCCACCAAGCUGUCCCUUCUGGACCCACACGAUCCCUUCCGCGCAACCAAAACCAAGGCCCUUCUGGACAAGAUGUAUGCGAUGGGGCUGCUGACGGCCAACAAAAACCUCUCGAGCUGCGACAAAAUCACCGUGUCGUCAUUCUGCAGACGCCGGCUACCGAUCGUCAUGGUGCGCCUCAAGAUGGCCGAGACCGUCAAGGAAGCCGUUACGUUUGUCGAGCAGGGUCAUAUCCGUGUUGGCCCGGAGACUGUUACCGAUCCAGCCUACCUCGUGACUCGCAACAUGGAAGACUUUGUGACCUGGGUCGACACCUCCAAGAUCAAGAGGAAGAUUCUCAAAUACAACGAUAAGCUCGACGACUUUGAUUUGCUGUAGCCGCACCCAGUGCCAAUAUACUCAUGCAUUGCACCGA